CCAACUCGGACAGCGAUAAAAUCAAAAUGGCGAAAAACAAGGUUGUCAAAACGUGUCCAUGAACUGCAGCUUUUAAUCUUGGUGUUAGUGGCUAAGCAUUCUAUUAUAAUGCCUAACUGGUUGUUCAAUCAAGAGGGGAUACUUCGAACACCUUCUAGACUAGAUGGAAUUGAUUAUUCAACAGAAUGUCGGUACCGAAAAGAGGCCACGAGGUUCAUCGUUGAUUGCGGUAACAAAAUGGGACUACGAUAUGACACCAUGGCUACAGGAGCUGUGUAUUUUCACAGGUUUUAUAUGAUACAAUCCUUCAAAAACUUUUCACGUUGGGUAACUGGUGCUGCUUGUUUAUUUCUUGCUGGAAAAGUAGAAGAAACACCUAAAAAAUGUCGUGAUAUCAUCAAAACAGCAAAAACUCUAUUAACAGAACAGCAGUUUGAAUCAUUUGGUGAAGAUCCAAAGGAGGAAGUGAUGGUUUACGAAAGAGUUUUAUUACAGACAAUCAAAUUUGACUUACAAGUAGACCAUCCAUAUUCCUGUCUUCUCAAGUUUGGAAAAGCACUUAAAGGUGAUAGGGAAAAAUUGAACAAGCUUGUACAGAUGGCAUGGACCUUUAUUAAUGAUAGUCUGUCAACCACCCUGUGCUUGAGAUAUAAACCUGAAACCAUUGCUGUCGCAAUGCUGGCUCUAGCUGCCAAGUUCAACAAUUAUGACUUGCAGUCUGCUACUGGAGUUCAAGCCAAACACUGGUGGACAUCGUUUGCAAAAAGUGUUAAUGAAGGAACAGUCUCAGAAAUUAUUGACAUGAUGUUGGUGCUUUAUGGUGGUAAGAAGAAAGAAAAAGAAAAAGAAAGGAUAUUAGAAGAUACAAGUGCUUGUUCAUCUGCAGCUUCUAGUCCUUCUGUUACUUACAGCCCUCCAAUCAAGAAAAGAAAACCAAUGCCGUCGUCAGAAACAAAACAAAAUAAUUCAUCAGAAUCAAAACAAGCUCCUCUCCCAUCAGCAUUGCCACCAUCAAUAACACAGCAAUCAAGUCAGUCAUCAACCCAAUUACAAGUUGAAAACAUUAGUCCAGCUCCUCCAACUACAACUAAAACUCCAGCCACAACAUUAACUACUGAACCUUCCAGGCCCACACAGUCAGUAGACACAUCUUUCAAUAAUUCUUCAAGCAGUUCAGUUCCCAAACUUCCAAAUGUCACUCAAGCAAGUGUUGUCACUGUUACCCAAUACACCAACUCUGGUGCGACAUAUGGAAGCACAUUAUCAUCAUCUGGUGUUCCCUUAGUAACUGUUGGUUCAUACAUGACAAACCUACAUUAUCCAGCAGCACAGGGUUUGCACAUGGGAACAAUAUAUACAGGUCAGGCUUAUCCAACACAAGGACUUACCCAGCCAAUACAGUACCAACAAAGUCAGCUACAACCACAGCCUACAGGUUUCUCUGCUCCUCCUCUUCAGCCAGGGGGUACUAUGUAUGGAAUUCCCCCCAGGAGUCUAGGCAGCCUGCAGAAUCCUCAAAACUUGGGAAUGGGCCAGUCACCCAUGAGAGCGCCUUUGCCACCCAUGCCACCAAAUAUGCAACCUGUACAACACCCUCAAGGAAGGGCUGAUUUUCCUUGGCCACAGCAGUUUGGAGCCCCACCUUCACAGAACCAAGGAAUGAGAGGAGGAUGGAUGCCCAGAUAACCUCAUUGAUAACAUCUUGGUUUACAAGAAGAUUAAACUUGAGUUUGGUUUUUGGCACUUGCUUGCAGUUGUAAAGGUAUCUGCAACUAUGACAUACCUUCAAAUAACAAGGACAUUAAGUAGAAAAGAAAAAGUAGGAACAUACUGUAAUGCAAUGGAUAACUAAUUUUCAACAUAAAUGCAAGGACAUUUAUUAAAAGGUUGAGGUCAAAUGAAUAAGUACUAAAGAUGUAAGUACAAAAAUUAGGUAUUUAAAAUCCCUUGUACAGUAUGCUGUCAAAGUGAAGAUUAAAAGAAAAGAUCAAGCAUUAAGAAGAAGAAACUGAAAGGUAAAUCAUUUGGACAUAAUAAAGUUUCUUAUUGAUCUGCAUUGGACUACAAACUGUAUGGUAAGUAGGGGACUAUAACCAACAAACCCUACUCAUUUUUGAUGUGAUUCCACACCACCCCAAAUUAAGUUAAGAGCCAAGUGCAAUCAUAGUCCAAUAUUGUAAUGGCCGCUAUGUUGGGUUACAUAACCAAAACAUAAUGAGAAAUGUUUGCUUUCACAUUAAAAACAGUCCUGAUAAAUA